AUCCCGCCCAGACCCCGACGCUCCGGCGAGCCACGGGAGCCACGCCCCCGGCGCUUCUGCCGGGGCCAUCGCGGGCCUGCUCGCCUGUCCUAUAUCGCCCCCAUGGGGGAAAGGCUCGGGCGCCUCACGCCGCCCCGUCAGUAUCUUUCUCUCUACCAGCCUCUCCUUGGCUCCGCCCCGAGCCGCCAGCGGGGAGGGCGGGUGGGCAGAAGCGGAGCGCCCGGAGCCCAGCGACUGCAGGGGUGCUUAGUGGAAGCAGCCCUGUCACCGCCCACAUGGCGAGCAGGGCCGAGCCCCCCGACGGGGGCUGGGGAUGGAUGGUGGUGCUCUCAGCGUUCUUCCAGUCGGCGCUGGUGUUCGGGGUGCUCCGCUCCUUUGGCGUCUUCUUCGUGGAGUUUGUGGCAGCGUUUGAAGAGCAGGCAGCGCGCGUCUCCUGGAUCGCCUCCAUUGGAAUCGCGGUGCAGCAGUUUGGGAGCCCGCUAGGCAGUGCCCUGAGCACGAAGUUCGGGCCCAGGCCCGUGGUGAUGACUGGAGGCAUCUUGGCCGCGCUGGGGAUGCUGCUCGCCUCCUUCGCUACCUCCUUGACCCAACUAUACCUGAGUAUUGGGUUGCUCUCAGGGUCUGGCUGGGCCUUGACCUUCGCUCCGACCAUUGCCUGCUUGUCCUGUUACUUCUCUCGACAUCGAUCCCUGGCCACCGGGCUGGCACUGACAGGCGUGGGCCUCUCCUCCUUUGCAUUUGCCCCCCUUUUCCAGUGGCUGCUCAGCUACUAUGCCUGGCGGGGGGCCUUACUGCUGGUGUCUGCCCUCUCCUUCCACCUGGUGGCCUGUGGUGCUCUCCUCCGCCCACUCUGCCUGGCUGAGGACACUGCUGUGGGUGGCCCUUGGGUCCAACUCACCUCCCUCCUCCAUCAUGGCCCCUUCCUCCGUUACACUGUUGCACUCACCCUGAUCAAUACUGGCUACUUUAUUCCCUAUGUCCACCUAGUGGCCCAUCUCCAGGACCUGGGUUGGGACCCACUACCUGCUGCCUUCCUCCUAUCAGUGGCUGCUAUUUCUGAUCUCGUGGGGCGUGUGGCCUCUGGGUGGCUGGGAGAUGCAGUCCCAGGGCCUGUGGCACGACUCCUGAUGCUCUGGACCACCUUGACUGGGGUGUCACUAGUCCUAUUCCCUGUCGCUCAGUCUCCCACAGCCGUGGUGGCUCUGACUGUGGCCUAUGGCUUCACAUCAGGUGCCCUGACCCCAGUGGCCUUCUCUGUGCUACCUGAACUGGUAGGGACUGGAAGGAUUUACUGUGGCCUGGGACUGCUGCAGAUGGUAGAGAGCCUCGGGGGACUGCUUGGGGCUCCUCUGUCAGGCUACCUCCGGGAUGUGACGGGCAACUACACGGCUUCAUUUGUGGUGGCUGGGGCCUUCCUUCUUGCAGGGAGUGGAGUUCUCAUCACUCUGCCCCACUUCUUCUCCUGCUUCUCAGCUACUACAUCUAGGGCCCAGGAACUCGUAACAGAGGCACUGGAUACCAAAGUCCCCCUGCCCAACGAGGGACUGGGAGAGGAGUGAACUCCACAAAGAGGCAGUCAUGCCCAGAAAGCCAGAGUUUGACAGCUCCAGGUCUGCCCCAUUUUGGCAUCCCUAGAACCACAGUGCCUUACAAUUCUUAUUCUGCCUGCCCCCAGAGCAGGCCUGGGGCUCCUGCAGUGUGUGUGCCAACCCUUUGUA